UGUCUGGAGUAGUGUAUGUUUGCCCAAGACAGAGCGCGAUCUAAUGUGAACCAGUAAACGGACCCUUUGGACAUCAUCGACUUUUUAUAGGUCAAAAUUAUGGGAUUUGAUUUGGACCGUUUCAGCGCAAAUGUGGACCCUGACUUGAAGUGCAAUUUGUGCGAUAAAGUUUUGGAGGACCCGCUGACAACUCCUUGCGGACAUGUCUUCUGCGCCGGGUGUAUAAUUCCCUGGGUCGUACAGCAAAACAGCUGCCCCGUCAAAUGUCAGCGAAUCUCUGCUAAAGAACUUAACCACGUAUUACCUCUAAAAAACCUUAUUCUCAAACUGGACAUAAAAUGUGACAACUACGCAAGGGGCUGCACGCGAGUGGUGACGCUCCAACAUCUGGCCGAACAUACCGAGAUGUGCGACUUUUCUCCAGCGAAAUGCAGAAAUAAAGGCUGUAAGGAUGUGCUCAACUUGAAGGACAUGGAUACACACAUGCGGGAAACAUGUGAAUACAGACCAGUGGAAAUUUGUGAGAAUGGCUGUGGAUUGAUGUUGCUGCACAAAGACCACAAAUCUGAGGAUCACUGCUGCGUAAAAGCUCUCAAAACACACAACGGCGCACUUGAGGUGAAAAUAGCCAGCUUGGAGAAAGAACUGAAGAGACGGUCGCUGAGAGCCUUUAGCAGAGAGAAAUCGUUACUUGCACAACUUUCUGCUGUACACAACGAACUUCAGAUGACUGCCUUGAAAUAUCAGAAGAAAUUUGCUGAGUAUAACGCAAGGCUAGAUGCACUUUCCAGGGGCAGAAGCCCCACGCUCAAGGAUGGGGAUACCAGGAGUAUGAAAGUCACCCUGUUUCGAUCGUCUGGGUCACUGGGUUUCAAUAUUAUGGGCGGACGUCCCUUUGGGAUCUCUGAAGAGGACCAUUUGGUUGACGGUAUAUUCGUGUCAAAGGUGGUGGAGAAAGGCCCAGCGGACCAAGAGGGUGGUCUGCAGGUUCAUGACCAGAUUAUAGAGUUGAAUGGCAGGGAUCUGUCCAGGGCAUCCCAUGACCAGGCAGUGGAGGCGUUCAGGCUGGCCAGGGAGCCUGUGGAGAUGCAGGUGCUGCGCAGGACAUCGGCCUCCCACCCAGCAGGGGCAGCAGCGGCGGUGGUGAACGGCAGGGUCCUGUGUGAUUACGGAGGAGUGGACAGCAGCACGCAGACGGACAUCACCCUGGAGCACAUCUCCAAACUCAGCAACGUGCCUUUUCCAACCGCCGCUGGAGCCCUGUUUGGGGACUACCUGAUGCCCAAAGAAUGCAUGCCAAAUUGUGACUGUCUCUACUCCAGCGAAUACCUGGAAGGCAUCCAGCAAGAGCUAGACAGAGAGGAACUCGAAUAUGAGGAGGUGGAGCUGCAGAGGAUGAGUGCCCAGGACAAGCUGGGACUGACACUCUGCUACCGUACAGACGAGGACGAAACUGGGGUCUACGUUAGUGAGAUUGAUCCAAACAGCAUUGCCGCUAAAGAUGGCCGCAUUCGUGAAGGUGACAGAAUUAUCCAAAUUAACGGUGUGGAGAUCCAGACGCAUGAAGAUGCCAUUGCCCUGCUGGCCAUUGAGAAGGGCAGAAAUGUGUGUCUACUCAUGGCUCGCCCAGAGAGUCAGCUUGAGGUGGGUUGGCUGGAUGACGAGCGGAAUGACUUCCUGGACGGGCUCCACAUGGACAUGCUGGAGGAGCAGCAUCACCAGGCCAUGCAGUACACGGCCACCAUGCUGCAGCAGAAUCUGCACGGCGGGUGCGUCACCAUGCAAGACGCCGUCACCAUGCUCUCUCAGCACCACGAGAAGGACAGCGGCCUGGGUCGCACCGACGGCAGCACCCGCAACGGUGAUGAGAGCUCGGAGCAGGAAAACCUGCCUGAUGACCCCAGUCUGACCUUUAGCGUUACCGGCGGCGCCGGCCACCAGACAAUGAGGGCCUACAGCCAUGACACCCUGGGCAGCGGAGGAGACGCGCACCCUAGCAACGAGUCCUUCCUCUCGGCAGACGCCGACGCAGACUCCCUGGGCGUCCUGGAGGACGAGUGUGAACGCUUCCGCAAACUUCUGGAGCUGAAGUGCCUGAUGCGUGGCAGCAUCGGCGGCCGAGCGUACAGCGCCACCGUUCCUUACCCAUGUAGCAAUUCUGGCAUGGUCACGGGCACGGGUACCGAGCUGACGACGAUCGAGGAUCCCGAGAUGGAGCUGCUGAACGCGGAGCUGCGUCACAUCGAGCUGGAGUGCCAGAACAUUGUGCAGGCUCACCGCAUGCGUCAGCUGCAAAAGCAAAGGUCUGGUAGUGGUGGUGGUGGCAGCGGCGGAGGCAGCCGUGAUGACGUUGGCCUGGGGGGUGAUAUCGUAGUUGAACCAUGGAUGGCCCUGGAUCAUGGCCCAAGGAGGCUGCGCAGGUCGGAUGUGUGUGAGGUGGCGCUGCGGAGGAGGGAGAUGCAGCAGCAUGCAGCAGCAGACGACGAUGAAGGGCUGGAGGACAAGGACAGCUCCAGUGCCUACAACACAGGAGAGAGCUGCCGCAGCAGCAGCACCCCUGCUCCCAGCACUCUGGAGCUGUCCUCCGCCAGCUCUCUACUACUAAAGCAGCAGGGCAGUGACGAGGUGCUGGAGGCCGAGGCUCCUCCAGAGCAGCUCUCCAAGUCGAACAGGAGGGGGGGCUCCACCAAGGGGCACACCAUCCUCUCACCCAUCCAGGAGUCCGGCAGCCUCUCCAGGACUCAGCUGGUCAGCAACAGGUCAGCAAAGGAGAGCAGCAAGCGUGGCGGAGAUGUGCGGUCACCUUCACGCUCGCCGGCGUACAAGCUGGCGCACAUCCCGGCACACGCGCAGCACUACCAGAGCUACAUGCAUCUGAUCCAGCAGCGCUCGGCCGUGGAGUAUGGGCAGAGCAUGGCCAGCCUUGUCAGUAGCACAUGUCGCGGGGGUGGUGCUGGCAACGAGAACGGUCUUCUCGACAGGGAGAGCCGCAACACCGGUGGUGGUGGCUCCAAGGCCGAGUGGAAGGUGAAGGUGCGCAGCGACGGCACACGCUACAUCACCAAACGUCCGACACGCGGCCGGCUGCUGAGGGAGCGAGCCCUGCGCAUCUGCGAGGAGCGCUGCGGCGUCACCACGGACGACGACGCAGCCAGCGAGCUGAAGAUGGGCCGCUACUGGAGCAAGGAGGAGCGCAAGCAGCACGCCGUGCGCGCCCGUGAGCAACGCCAGCGCCGCGAGAUGAUCAAGCAGAGCCGCACCGACGCCGGCACCGGCGGUGGAGUCGUGACGGGAGGAGGAGGAGGAGGAGAUGACAUCAUUCAGCUCAGCCACAAGAAGAUGAUGAGGAAGAGGAACAAGAAGGUCUUUGACAACUGGAUGACCAUCCAGGAGCUGCUGGCCCAUGGCACCAGGUCCCCUGAUGGCACGCGCGUCUACAACUCCCUCCUUUCGGUCACCACAGUGUAGAAACUGAGAAAGACUGAAACAGUGUAGUGUGCACGCAGCCCAAAAAAAGUGUGCACGCAGCCAAAAGGUUUCUGGAUAACAGGGAGCGCAUGAAAAUAGAAAAGAAAUAUUCACACACUGUUUUUGCUGUGAUACAUUUUGUGAACCCAGACUCAACACUCCUGUGUUGUUAAGUGUAAACAUUGUCUUCAAAUUUAACUAAAUAACUCACAACAAGGGAGCUUUACGGUGUGUGGAUAUAUCUGUUUCAUUUUCGCACGAGGGACAGCGCAAGAGCUGCUAACAUUGCGUCACCCGGUGGAUCCAAAUCUCUGGGACAGUGGAAUGAAUGACAGCACAUGAUCAGAGUACCGUGAAAGCCAGCCAUGAAAUAUGCUAGGAAGUGUAUACCAGAGAGACUGGAUAAUACUCCAUAAUACUGUGUGUACUGUAUGUGACAUGGUACUUGUGGACUGAGAGGGAAAUGUAGAUUUUGUCUACAUGCCAGAAACUUCAUUGCAAACAGAUACAACUGGAUAAUAUCUGGAUAAGAUUAUUUUUUUUGUAAAUAUUACCAUUAAAAAUGUUUUCCUAAA